AUGCAAGCACCCGAGCGGACGGCCUCUGUGGUGCCGCACGCCGACCACAUAAGUCCAGGUGAUUCAACAACAGGGGACCAGGUGAUGUUGCUUAGGUAUGGUAGCAAGACACGCUACCAGUACGAGAGGACGCUCAUGCGCCUUAAAGCAUGGCUGUUGCGCGAGCAUCCUGGUUGUAUCACCAAUGGUGAGGUUGAUCUUCCCCUCGAUCCAGUCGCCUGCAAAGGCUUCUUGGCGUAUGAAUGUGUGAAACGAGGACCAAGUGGUGCUGAGGUUGAACCACAGCAGUUCAAGUCAUACUCUACUGUCAACGCAUGCAAGAGCGCCAUCAAGUUCAUGCAUAAAGAGUCCAAUGUCCGCGUGUCCGAUGAGCUGGAAACACUAUUGGCAGACUUUGCAUGCGGGUACAAGCGUAAGGUUGCUCAACUCAAGGACAGUGGAGACAUGGCGAUUGGUGAAGGAAAGCGACCAAUGACGUUUGACGGAUAUUGCUUCUUGGCAGCAAAGGCUCUUGGCAGUGAAGCCGAACACAACCUCAGUACAAUGGUUCACCCAUUUUUGCUGCUUUGCUGGAACUUGAUCGCACGGUCGGCAUCAGUAGCUGCCAUUAGAUAUGACCAUUUGGCAUGGGAAGGUGACGCGUUAGUGGUUCAGUAUGCGUUUACCAAGAACGACCAAGUGGGGAAGAACUGUACCCCUCGCCACAUCUUUGCAAACCCUGGAAAUCCAGCAAUUUGUCCGAUUCUGAGUUUGGCUGUACUGAUUUUUACACGAGGCGCCCAACGUGGGCGAUCGGCCAACCUCGUUUUUGGCGAAAACGCGGGCGAACGAUUUUCAGCGUGGCUGUCAAAGACCUGUGAAUUGCACUCCGUUGAGAUGUCAUCGUUUGGUGUUUUAGUGAAAGACAUCGGCACGCACUCGUUUCGAAAGGGUGUCGCCAGCGAGCUAUCUAACACACCUGGGGGACCAGAAGCCGUGAAUGUGUGGCUCCGAGCCGGUUGGACGCUUGGAAGUGUCCAAGGUCGAUACAUCUUUGCCGGUUCAGGUGGCGACCAGUUCGUUGGACGUGCAGCAGCAGGGCACAAUGUGAACGACGUUGAGUUUUCGUGCCUCCCUCCGCACUUCAAGGAUGUUGGGCUGAGCAACGAGCAGUGGGAAGCUGCCCUGCCCGGGUACAGUACGUUUUACCCCAGCUCGUUUCGCCAAAUUACUCCGUUCUUGGUGGCAUCGCUCUCGCACCAUUACAUUUGGCUGCAACACAAUUUGGGCAAACACCAUCCGCUGUUUUUGGCCCCCGUUUGGACGUCUGGGUUACUACCAAAGUUAAAUGUCAACGUUGAAAUGGGCCGAAUGCACAACUCAACAACUAAUUUACGAUCCUCCGGCAUCCCACCCUUCGUUGCUAUCACAAACCGUCUGGCCACGGUUGAAAACGAAUUGAAAAUUGUCAACGAACAAAUCAACUAUUUACCGUGCAAAAUUAGUGACCAGCUACGCGCAUCGAAAGACUCCUCGGCAACCACGACACAUUUGGAGUCCUUCCGCGACUCCGUUUUGUCUGAAAUCCGCACUUUGAUUGGGGCGUCCAAGUCCCCAGAACCCCCAGCCAGUGUCAACGGCGUCGUGACAGAGCCUUGGUGGACCACCACAAACCCGCAGGAACAACGCAGGCCCUCCCUGCCACCAGGGAAGGUUUUUGACCUGUGGAACGCGUGGUGGUACGGCUUACCUGGCGAUGGCAUUGUGCCCCUGCGACUCGUGCGACCUCAGGACCUCGCUCGCCGUUGCGACCGCGUGAACUACUCCAAGCUCAAACAAGUCAUUGCAUCAUUGAUGAAGUUCUCAACUGUACCUGAAACCGAAGUCCAGCGCAUGGCCGUGGUCGACCGGUCGGCCUUGUUUGCAUCUUGUCUUGAGCGGCUUGGCCAUUCGAUGCUAGUCGUAGGGAUGGAGAACGACGUAAGCAAGCGUAGACUAGAUGAAAUGACGUACCCAACUAUGUAUGAUCUCAUCAAGAAGUAUAAACUUUGA